AUGGCGCCAAAGGGAGAGAAGAAACCCGCUGAGAAGAAACCUGUAGAAGAGAAGAAGUCUACGGUGGCCGAGAAGGCUCCCGCCGAGAAGAAACCCAAGGCCGGAAAGAAACUACCCAAAGAAGCUGGUGCCGCCUCCGGAGACAAGAAGAAGAAGAGAAACAAGAAGAGCGUGGAGACAUACAAGAUCUACAUCUUUAAAGUUCUGAAGCAAGUUCACCCAGACAUUGGUAUCUCAAGCAAGGCCAUGGGAAUCAUGAACAGCUUCAUCAACGACAUCUUCGAGAAGCUUGCCGCUGAAUCUUCCAGACUCGCAAGGUACAACAAGAAACCAACAAUCACAUCAAGGGAAAUUCAGACGGCUGUUAGGCUUGUUCUUCCUGGUGAGUUGGCGAAGCAUGCUGUCUCAGAGGGAACCAAAGCUGUGACCAAGUUUACAAGUGCUUGAAAUUUCUAAUGAUUAUUAUAGAGUUGUUUCUGAUAGCAUUAGGACUGAAUUAGUGUGUGACUCUCUUAUUAAUCA